GGCAUCCAAAUCCGGAACGCUUUGGUGCUCUAUUUUUAACGGUCAAACACAGAGGACAGCUACGAAUUCCAACUCCUCAGACGCGUCAAACUCGUCGCAGGAUCUCUAUAUGUUCUAUGCCUCUUCGUCUCGAUUCGCUUCGUCAGCUUGACUCCUGCAAGCCUUCAUCCUUCCCUCUAUCUAAACCUCUUCUACACCAUCCUGUCGCUUCAACCACUGCGAUACAGAUCCGCCGCAUGGCAAACGACAUGGACGGCAUCAACUACGAAGAGGAAUUCAUACUGAAUGCUCGAGGGAUGAAGCUCUUCACAUGUCGAUGGUUUCCGGAGUACCGAGACCCCAAAGCUAUGAUCUUUAUUUGUCAUGGGUAUGCCAUGGAGUGCAGCAUCUCGAUGAGAGGCACCGGAACGCAGCUUGCAAAGGCAGGUUAUGCGGUGUACGGCAUCGACUACGAGGGACACGGGAAGUCUUCUGGAUUGCAAGGCUUCGUCCCCAUGUUCGACGAGCUUGUGAACGACGUUUCCGAGCAUUUCACGAGCAUAUGUGAGAGAAGAGAGAACAAAACGUUGAUGAGAUACCUGCUUGGGGAGUCCAUGGGAGGAGCUGUGGCCCUCCACCUGCACCGGAAGGAGCCCACGUUUUGGGAUGGCGCAGUUCUGGUGGCUCCAAUGUGCAAGAUUUCAGAAGAAAUGAAACCAAAUCCAUUGGUGAUCUUCAUAUUGAAGUUGCUGGGUAAGCUCUUCCCAACCUGGAAGAUAGUUCCUAGCAAGGACAUCAUCGACAAGGCUGUCAAAAACCCAGAAUGGAGAAUGGAGAUCCGAAACAAUCCCUACUGCUACAAGGGAAAGCCUCGGCUGAAGACUGGAAUUGAACUGCUCAAAGCUAGCUUAGACAUACAGACUAGUCUCGAGGAGGUGUCAUUGCCCUUCCUAAUCGUUCAUGGCGGAGAUGACAGCGUUACGGAUCCAUCGGUCAGCCAAUCCUUGUACGAAUCAGCAUAUAGCGACGACAGGUCCUUCAAGCUUUAUCCUGGGAUGUGGCACGCGCUGACAUCCGGUGAGCCACAGGAAAACAUCGAUCUAGUGUUCUCUGAUAUCAUCGCAUGGCUCGAUGAGAGGACGAUCCCCUGCAGCUCCAGAACGGAGAAAGAACACAAGAUCGGCCAUGACCACCCCAAACUCCGAUUGUCUUGAUCGCAAAGUCGAAGCCAUAGAGACAUGAACAAGGAUUUUUGUCCUUGGUGGUGUCCAAGUUAGGAUGAUUAUGAUGGCUUUCACCUUCUGAUGUAAACAUUAAGCAUGCCAAUAUAUGAUUCAUUACAUUGA